UGAAAAAGACUAUGUCUACGAGACAGUUAUUCAACAAUUCGCAUCGCAUUUUGUGGGACGGUCUAAUGUUAUACUCGAACGAGCACGCUUUAAUAAAUGUGUACAAGGCAAGAAAGAGUCGGUGAUCGAUUUUAUCGAAGCGCUAUAUGAAUUAGCAGAGACAUGCCAGUUUGGAGAUCUAACGAAUGAACUUAUAGGAGAUCGUAUUGUGGUUGGUAUUCAAAAUGCAAGUCUAUCGCAAAAGCUGAUGCAAGAUGAGAAAUUGACUUUGGAUAAAGCUGUAAAAGAAGCCAAGAGUUCAGAGUUAGUCAAGCAUCACCACAAUAUCCUUCAGGGAGAUGGCGAAGAUGGAAAAAUUAAUCGCCUCUGCAAGACUAAGGGACGAAAUAAACCAAAAUCGCCAGAGAACUCGAAAGGAGAGCAAAUUUUCAAACUGUAUCAAGCCGGUAAAAGUCAAUGUUAUCGAUGUGGGAAAUGCCAGUGCACAAAAGAGAUGCUUGCCCUGCUAUUAAUGCGACAUGUUUAAAAUGCAAAAAGCAAGGACACUUUGCUGCGGUUUGUAGGAGCAAGAAAGUUCGCUCAAUUACCGAAGAAACAGACCCGAAGUGCUCAUAUUCCGAAGAUUACUUCCUUGGUGAGAUUAGCGACCAUGAAAAUAAAGAAGAUUGGUCGGUAAACUUAUCACUAGGAGGGACAAAAGUACGAUUCAAGAUUGACACUGGAGCCGAUGUAACGGUAAUACCUGAAGCUGACUAUUUGCGAAGUGGACUUCCACAGCUUAGGUCAACAUCCAAAACUUUGUUUGGACCUGGUCAAGAGAAACUAUCCAUUAAAGGAGUCAUCAAAGGCGUAUUGAAAACCUCAAGUUUGAAAGAAACACUGCAAGAUAUUUAUGUUAUUGGGAAUCUUAAAGAGCCUUUGCUUGGAAGACCUGCUAUUGAUGCCCUAAACCUGGUGCAGAAAGUAGAAACUAUUCAAGAUGACGAGAGCAGGCUGAUCGAAGACGAAGUUAAAUCCACCUAUCCAAAUUUGUUCAAAGGCCUGGGAGAGGUGGAUGGUGAUUUCAGCAUUAAAUUGAAACCCGACUCAAAACCCUUCGCUCUGACGACGCCAAGAAGAGUGGCAAUCCCACUCUUGAACAAAGUCAAGGCCGAAUUGGAGAAAAUAGAAAAUUUGGGCGUUAUCUCGAAAGUCUAUGUACCCACCGAGUGGUGUGCAGGGAUGGUCGUCGUACCCAAACUACAUGGUAAUAUUCGAAUAUGUGUCGACCUAAUGAAACUCAACGAGAAUGUUCUUCGCGAGACUUACCCUCUUCCAAAGAUAGAUAACCUAUUGGCACAGAUCAGCGAAUCCAAAAUCUUCACUAAAUUGGAUUGUAAUUCAGGAUUUUGGCAGGAGAAGCUAGAUGAACAAUCUCGGUUAUUAACCACCUAG